UGUGCCCUUGAGCGAGGUACUUAACCCUAAUUUGCUCCAGGGGCGCAGUACUACUAUGGCUGACUGUAAGCAUGUCACUGCAUAUUUCUGGUGUGUGACAAACAUUAUUUUUUUUAAAUGAAAGUUGCAUGUUCUAUCUUAUUUGCAACAAAAACUAUUGAAAACCGAGUUGAUAAACAGAAAAACCAUAACAAUUUAAGUGCCCUGUUUGGGACUUUUGACAGCCAUCACGUUGCACCAAAGGCAUGCGUUCUUUUGUGUAGUGUAGUCGAAUGCCAUUGGUGUACGGCGUACGAGAGAGCAGACAGCCAAUCCGCUCAAGCCUUGUUAACAUGUUGGAACAAUAACACAACUUGUUUCUUCAAGAGAUAACGGCUUCAGUUUUCGAUCUCCUCUCUCUCCCUGUUGCAGGUAUGGCGAUGGAUAGUGCCUCUGUGUACAUGUGCUUCCCCUGCUACCAAGAGUUUGACACACUGGAGGAGGUGCUGGCCCACCAGCUGACCUGCACCACAGAGAAUGUGGGGAGUGGGGCCCCCACCCCCGUCUCCAUCCCCUUCCUACAGACUCAGCAGCAGAUAUAUACCCAGCCCAUUGCUCCAUCUCCUGCCCCUCAGACCAAGGCCAGUGUCUCCUCUGUGCUGCCCAGCUCUGGUGCACCAGGUCUGGCCAUGGCUAGCCCAAAUAAGCCUUCCUCAGGAGAUCAGCCCAAGAUCCUGUACCAGUGUGGAGACUGUGACGCCCUGUUCCACUCCCUGAUCCUCUGGCAGCAGCACCGAAAACAUGGUCAGUGUCUGCAGACCAAGGCAGGACCCACCCAACCAGGACCAGAAGAGACCGGCUCUGGAUCUGGAUCAGAACUGGCCCCAGAGGGAGAGGGGAAGCACAGUCAGGCUGAAGUGGAGGUGGACCUGGGUCCAGAUGAACCAAACGAACCAAACUCAACGGAUGACCAAGAAGGAGGAGGGGGCAGAGGAAGAGGAAGGAGUCAGGAGAGGGCACAACAAACCCAGCAGGAGCAGGAUGUAGUGAAGUCUCAGCUGUCAGCAGAGAAAGAGGAGGAUGGGAUGAGUGCAGAGGACAUAUCAGCCACCCUGGAUCACAUGUAUCUGCCAAACGCCACCAACAGAGGGCAGGAAGGAGGCGAGGAAGAGCCAGAAACAGAGAGCGUAGGGGAAUCCACUGGAUCUAAAGCCUCUGAGAUCCAGGCUCAGGCAGCUCAUUCAUCUACAGAGGCCCAGUCUGCACCAGACAGCCAGUCCAUCCCAGACCCCGCUCCCUCCCAGGACCCCCCAGACCCCGCACCCUCCCAGGACCCCCCAGACCCCACUCCCUCCCAGGACCCCCCAGACCCCGUUUCCUCCCAGGACCUCCCAGCCGAUAACCCUGAGCAGACAUCCUACUUCUACAGGAUAAAGGCAGCCAAGAAGCUCAAGCCCCCGUCCAGCCUGCUGUGUGUGGACUGUGGCUCCAGCUUCGGCAUGGUGUCUGAGCUGGUCACCCACCGCAAGUCCCAGCAUGGCCUCAAGGAAGCCCUGCACCACUGCACCGUGUGUGGGGAGAGCUUCCUCAACACCACCCUCUUCCUCUACCACCGCAAGCAGCACAAGGAGAAAGGCAAGGAGGGGGUCAUACAAACCCAGGCCCAGGGAGGACAGAUGCAGGAUGCAGAUUACCAGGAUUACAAAAUAGUAACACUGCAGCAAGAGGUGGUGGAAGAGAUGGUGGAAGAGUCUAAAGAGGAGACAGCGGGGGUGGCGGAUUCCCAGAACAAUGGAACUGAGGAGCAGAACCAGAAUGAAACCUCCUCUACUUCCACUGUCUCUACCUGUGCUCCGGUUCAGGUGCCCAAGGUGGUCCAGAGUUUCCUGUGUGCCCAGUGUGGAGCCAGCUUCAGUAAAGAGCCAGAGCUCAGUGCCCACCGUAGGGACAAGCACGGCCUGAACGAGCCCCUCCACCACUGUUCCCAGUGUGGCCAGAGCUUCAUGAACACCACCCAGUACCUUUACCACCGACGCCAGCACCGCGGGGAACCAGGGACUGGGGCAGGAGCAGCCACACCCCCCCAGGGAAGCCCCCGCGCCCCCAAGAGGAUGCUGUCUCCACCCGCCGCCUCGUCCAGUGCUGCGUCAGGCUCGCCAGCGAAAAUACCUGCUAUCAGGAUACGCAGCAUCAACGAUCUCAAUGAGAACAAAGACCAGGGUAAAGAGGUGAAUCCAGUCAUCCUUAAGGAAGAGCAGGAGGAGAAGACUGUAGUGGGGGAACAACCGGACACCAACCUCCCUCCUCCAGCCAAGCUGAUGCAGGACUGGUCCCGCACCCCUCUCCCCCACGUCUGCCCCCACUGUGGCCAGACCUUCACACGCAGGGGGUUCCUCCGCGCUCAUGUCUUCAGCCACACCGGAGAAAAGCUCUUCACCUGCAAGGUGUGUCAGAAGUCGUUUGCGUCCUCUCCCAACCUGCUGCGCCACAGCCUGACCCACAUGGGCACCAAACCUUUCCCCUGCUCCGUGUGUGGCAAGCGCUUCUCCCAGCCGGGCGCCCUGAAGAGGCACGGCCUCACCCACAGCCAGCCCAAAUCCCGCCGCCGCAGGUCCCGAUGGAAGAAGAGGACACCAGAGGGGGAGGAUGGAGAAAGCCAGCUGUUCGCCUGUCCCAACUGCACUGCUCGCUUCCAGACUGACCAACAGCUGCAGGAGCACAGACUGCUCCACACCAGCCACCCGUUCCCCUGCUCUGUCUGUGGAGAGGCCUUCAAACGCAGGAAGGAGCUGGACCUGCACUCUCUCAUUCACCAAGAUAAGGAGCCAGUGUUGUGCCCCCACUGUUCCUCCCAGUUCUUGAACCAGUCAGUGUUGGACAUCCAUCUGCAGCGCUGUACCAGCUCAGAGGAGGACAAGACUGUGGGCCGUGGCCGGGGACAGGGACGGGGACGCUCCAUGGGACAGGUGGAGUGUGAUAUGUGUGGUCAUUGCUGUAUGACCCAGGAGGGUCUGGACCUCCAUCGGCUGUCCCAUACGGGUCAGACCCCCCUGCGCUGCCCCCUGUCCCCCUGCAGACGGCGCUUCGCCUCCAGCUCUGCCCUCGGGGAGCACAUUGUGGCCCACUGCCAGGGGACUAUGGGGAAGGGCCGUGGCUCCAAGAGGUUCCACUGCCAGAUCUGUGGGAAGGACUUUGCCUACACCUCCACCUUCAACGUCCACAUGAGGAUCCACACCGAUGAGAGGCCCUUCGAGUGUUCUACGUGUGGGAAGCGUUUCCGCCAGCUGCCUCACCUCAAGGACCAUGAGCGUAUCCACAGCGGCCUGCGGCCCUUCUGCUGCUGGGUGUGUGGUAAAGCCUUCAGUGUGGCUGGCCGUCUUACUGAGCACGCCCGCAUCCACAGCGGAGAGACGCCCUACACCUGCCACCGCUGCCCCUCAGCCUUCCGCUCACGCUCCAACCUCGACAAACACAUCCGUCUCCACGACGACGGAACGGGUGAAACCACAGCCAACGACGUAGAGGCUGAAGGGGCGAGGGUGCUCUUGUCUACAGGGACAGGAUUGGGUGGCGAGGGGGAGUCGGCGGUGCAGACCAUUCUGCUCGUCCAGACGGAUGGAACCACAGAGGGGGUGAUGGUGCCGGCCGUGCCCGUCUCAGAGCACUCCUCUGGGGCUAUGUUUUCUGGGCAGGCUGGGUCCUCCCAGGUGGUGUUCUUGGGUGGUCAGGCCAUCUCUGUCCCCUCCCUGUCAGCCAUCAUGGAGGGACAUGAGAUCCCCUCGGUCACUGUGGUAGAGGGACAGGAUGUACCACACACCAUAGAGUUCAUCCUAGAGGAGACCAUCUCAUAGAGGGGACUGUAGAGGGAAGAAAGGAGAGAGUUUGUGAUAGAAUGUAUUAGAGACAGACUGAAAGAGGGUAGGAUUUUCAGUUAGUGUUGAGUUAAAUCAAGAGGUAUAGUUUUUGCUCUUUCCUCAGUGCCGGGACUAUUCUUGUUAAAUGGACCGAAAUAUUGUUUAAUCGACUUAAAUGAUCUACGCAUCUACAUAUGAAUUGAUUUUGGCAGAGUUUAGUGAAGGAUCGGAUAUGUGGCCCUUAAGCUUUGAGAGGUGCUUGAAAGAGCAGAAUUGAUUUUAAAUGUUGAAAUCGUACAGUGAAGCCAGUGAAGCAAACAGCAGUUGUAUGGUAAAGCAUUUAUCCUGUUUACAAUGAGAAGUUGAUUGAAAAGCUGAUUGUAAAAGUAUUCCCAGAGUGUGUACCGUUAAUAUUAUUUAGAGUGAGUUUUAUCAGGGUUGGACUUGAGUCGCCCAUAAAAUGUCUUCUGUUUUCUUUUUAAUAAAAGGCUUCAGCUUUCA